AGUAAUUAGCAACAGGUUAACAGCACCAAGAGCCCCUUUAAUCUCUGUCAGCUAGCAUCAGUCCCCCAUUAUGAAAGAUGCUGAGGAGCACCUCCAAUAGCAGGAGCGCGAGAGCAGCAACCUCUCCUCAUCGCCCUCUCAACCACUCUGCUAGCUCCUUAUGUCACCAGCACAAAUAUUUAUGCACACACAAUGUCGUAUGAGACACGUACGUGAGCUUGUACUUAACAAGAGACACAUAGCUUUGGAGAAGCUAGCCAUUGCUGCAGGCUGCAGUUCUGUCUGGAGAGCUUGAGGUUUAGCAAUGGAGGAGGACUACGUGUUCAAGAUCGUGGUGAUCGGCGACUCGGCGGUGGGGAAGACGCAGCUGCUGGGGCGCUUCACGCGCGACGAGUUCUUCCUGGACUCCAAGUCCACCAUCGGCAUCGAGUUCCAGACGCGCACCGUCGACAUCGCCCGCCGCCGCGUCAAGGCCCAGAUUUGGGACACCGCCGGCCAGGAGAGGUACAGGGCGGUCACCACCGCCUACUACCGUGGCGCGCUCGGCGCCGUGCUCGUCUACGACGUCACCAGGCGCCGCACCUUCGACCACGCCGCGCGCUGGGUCGACGAGCUCCGCGCCCACGCCGACAAGUCCAUCGUCGUCAUGCUCGUCGGCAACAAGGCCGACCUCGCCGCCGGCCGCGCGGUGGCGGCGGACGAGGCCGCCGCCUUCGCCGAGGAGCAGGGGCUCUUCUUCUCCGAGGCCUCCGCGCUCAGCGGGGAGAACGUCGAGCGCGCCUUCCUCAGGCUGCUCGAGGAGAUCCACGCCAACGUGUCCAGGAGGCCCGCGCUGGAGGCGGCGGCGGCGUACGAGGAGGCCGGCGUCAUCAACGGCCGUGGGCAUGGCGACGCCGGCGUGCUGAUGCUCAAGGGCGCUAGGCUGUCGCUGGCUGAAGAGAGGUCCAUCAUGGAAACGAGCGCCUUGAGGAGGACAAGCAGCUGCUCGUGCACGUAAGCAAUCUGCUUGUGCGAUAGAAUGUAUCAUCAGAUCAGAAGAUCCAACGAUUUCUCAAGUGAACACACAACGCAGGCGUGCUUCGUCAUGGUACUGAGUACUGACUGGUUUCAUGUGUCAACAGUUUGUGCUCCGAAUGGAAGUUCGUUAGCAGCCAGAAAAAAAAAAUUGAA